UGUGCCUACUUUUCAGGUCUCCUCACCACUGCUGGUGUGUUUCCAUUUUUUGUCAUAGGGUGUGCUGGCAGAUUACGGGCCUCCCAUAGCUGCUGCCAGCCCCUAAAUCUGCCAUGGGCCCCUAUUACCGCCUCCUCAUGCUGCUGCCAAGUCCAGAGUCUCAUCAUGGGUCCCUGUACGGCCUCCCAUUGCUGCUGUCUCCAUCGCCACACUCUGCCAUGUGCCACUUUCAGGUCUCCUCACACUGCUGGUGGUUUCCAUUUUUGUCAUAGGGUGCUGUAAUGGCCUCCCAUUGCUGCUGCCUCCACCGCCACACUGUGGCUCCACACUCUGGUUUUGGCCCCGUGACUGCCCAAAUGAGUGAAGUGUGCGGUGAUUCUAAGAUCGACGGCACUCAUCUGCAUGUCAUACUGACUGACAGUUUUAUUUCUCUUCCCCAGCAGACUCCAAGGGCAUUUAAAUUAAAGGUACAGUGUUCUGCACUAAUAUUA